AUGGCGGAUUGGACAAAUGAAAAUGUAUUAAAACUUAUUGAAAUUUAUCGUAGUAAGGAAAUUAUAUGGAACCCUACAAACAAAAAUCAUUUUAAUAAGAUUUUAAAAAAUGAUGCAUGGAAUGAAAUCGCAAGUGAAUUGUCCGACCAUAUAUCAACUGCAAUCACAUUGAAUGAUUGUAGAAAUAAAAUGGUGUCAAUACACGCUGCAUAUCGGAGAGAAAAUAUGAAAAUACGGAAAAGUGUAGGAACCGGCUCAGGUACUGAAGACGUAUAUAAGUCAUCUUGGUUCGCAUUUGAAAGCCUCGAGUUUUUAAAGAACAAAGAUAAUCCUCGUAAAAGAAGAUGCACGAUGUCCGAUGAUAAUGCUCCAUGCGAAAGUGAGCAAAUGCAUACUGAGGAACCACAGAUUAUCUCAAAAAAUCAAAAUGCAUCAUCAACACUGACAUCGAAAAAAAAGAAAAUUAUCGACGAAGAUAGUAGUAGAUUAGACAAAGCGUUUAAAAUGCUAGAAUCGGCGGCAUCGGCCUCAGCUACAGGAACUAAUGAAAGUCAAUCAUUUGGACAGUUUGUUGGAAAGAAAUUAGAAACUUACAACCAACAAGUGAGAAGUAUUGUUCAAUAUGAAAUGUCAAACAUUUUAUUUAAAGCAGAUUAUGGAUAUUUUAAUCAACAACAACCAACAUAUCAAAAUAACCACUACAAUUAUUCUGAUCCAUCAACUUAUAAUUAUAAUUAUAAUCCACAAAAUUAUCCGACAAACAUACAUUCUUCUUCACUGCCACAUCCAUUUCUACCUCGUGAUACUAAUAUAACAUCUCACUCAGUACCACAGACAUCACCAGCAACAUUUACACAAACAUCUACACCAAUUCCAUCACCCGUAAAUACUUUUACUUCUGAAGAAUUGGAUUUCAGUGAUAUUAUUAAUUAA